UCUUCCGUGCGACGAUUAAAUCCGGCUGAUAGUCGCAAUGGGAGUGAAAGAUUUGUGGAAUCUGUUAACUCCACACAUGGAGCGAAAACCGUUGUUCGAGCUGAGCAACAAAGUGGUGGCCAUCGAUCUCUCCGGGUGGGUGUGCGAAAGUCUGAACGUUGUGGAUUACUCCGUCCACCCACGGUUCUAUUUGCGGAACUUAUUUUUCCGGACCUGCUAUCUCUUGCAAAUGGGAAUGACGCCCGUGUUCGUCCUGGAAGGUGAGGCUCCAGUGUUCAAGUCCGGUGUCAUCGUCAAGCGAUUGGCAGAGACCCAAUUCCGCGGAGCACGCCCCAAAAAGCUUGCCAACUGUGAUAAAGCGGGCGCCACGGUUUCAUCUAAACCCUCGGAACAAUCCCGUAACCGGUUCAAGCAAGUACUGAAGAGCUGCGAAAGGCUGUUGAAUACCAUGGGGAUUGCCAGUAUUGAAGCCCCGGGCGAGGCGGAAGCGUUAUGCGCGUAUCUUAAUCGGGACGCGCUCAUUGAUGGGGUCAUCAGCCAGGAUUCCGAUUGUUUCGCGUACGGGGCAGUUCGUGUGUUUCGCAACUUUUGUGCCUCCCAGAACGGAGGAUCGGUCGACGUGUACGAUCUGGAACGGGCAAACAGUGCUGGAUUGCGUUUGGGACAGGAGAAAAUCGUAGCCAUGGCUCUCCUAUCCGGCUGUGAUUACUGCCCCGCCGGUGUCGCUGGUGUGGGCAGGGAAAUGGUCACUCGGUUGUUGAACUGCUACGAUAACGAAUCGAUCUUACCGCGCAUGCGAUCGUGGCGCAAUACGGCGCACCGAUUGACGGAGCUUGAGGUAAAGGUGGAUGAUAAGAACGUUUGUCCGGAUUGUGGGCACAAUGGCAAGUUGAUGCAGCAUCGCAAAGCCGGUUGCCUGGAUUGCCAUCGGUCGAUCGGAUGCGAUGAAUCUAGAUGGAAACAGCAGCGUGCCAAUGUAAAGGCGGAACUGGAAAUCAAACGAAAGGCACUGAAAGAUCCAGAUUUUCCCCAAGAGCCCAUCAUCGAGGAAUUCAUGACACGUCCCUGUGAACUGCCAGCGCUAGAUUUGCAGUGGAAGCAACCAAAUAUCAUCAAAUUUAUCAGAAACAUGUCAUCGUUACUGCAGUGGAAUGAGCUAUACUGCUUUCAGAAGCUACUUCCCCUGUUUACCCGCUGGCAAAUUAAAUCAGCCCAAAGCUCAUCCUCCGCGACAGAGUCCAACAUCUUCCUUACUCCUGAUUACAUUAAGAAAAAACGGUCACCCAAGGGCAUUCCGAGCUACGAAAUCGUCUGGAAGGACGCACUGUCGUUGUUCAAGGGACUUAUACCGCAAGAACAAAUCGAUGCCUAUGUGGGUGAGGCAGGGAACAGUAUUGAGAGCCUCUGGAGCACGAUCGAACCACAUGAACUGGUGCUGAAUGCAUAUCCCGAUCUUGUCGACAGAUUCCUACAGUCCAAGGUGAAAGGAAAGCGUAAAAAGGCUCCUUCAGCAACAGAUUCUCAGGCGCAGGAAACGGGUGGUGAUAAACCGAAAAGAAAGCCAACAACGAGAGUAAAAAAGAAUGAUAAGAAUACGCAAAAACAAUUGGAUGCUUUUGUGCACAAAGCUGCCGAGAUGGCGGUAGAGCCACAGCAAGAAGAUGCGUGCGAUGAAAAGGAAAAUCAAGCAAAUUCGUCCAACGAACAGUCGCCACACGGUAUCGAUCAUUUUCUUAACUUUACGGCUGAACUUGAAGCUAUUGCGGAGGAUCAAACAGCAAACGAUAGCUUCAAUUCUUCCGCACUGAUCGAGAGAUUGUGUCGCCCGAACUAUCUCCAACUGGCACUGGCCGAGUAUAUGGAGCUGAUUGAGAUCGAAAAGAGAAAGGAAGCACUGCAAGAUUUGCUUUCCAACACCAUGCAGCUCGGCCCCAUGGAGGACGAGAUAGAAAUGGAGCAAGAGGAUGGUAGCAUGGUUCAUCGCCGAAUAGUCUUAAAGCAGGACAUUCUGAACGCUUCCUCGCUGGUGGAUGGUAUUCCCCCGCUCGAUCAAACGGUGUCAGUGGCGAAAAAACCGAAAAGAAAAAGUUUCUUCUUUGAACCAAUUGUUGUGCCGUCCGAUGGAGAUGCCGAUCAACCGUAUGGAAGUCCCGAAAUGGAUAUGUUUGAGUGUUCCCUUAUGCUCAAGGAUCAGAUUAUCAUCGAACAUCCAGUGACCGAUGCUAACGAUAUGGUAAAUCAAACGAUUAUCUACGAUAUCGAUUUCUAAAGCACGCUGCAUUUCCACUGAAAUAGCAAUAAUAUUUUAUUACUCAAUCAUUUC